UCAACAUGCAUAAUUUUAUUCAUCUAUAUGUAUAUAUAAUUAAGUAGUGUUCGCUUUUUGGCCACUCAUGAUCAUGUCUAUCAAAAGAAGUCUUUGGGUCAUCCUGCUUCUCUGCAAUGCAAAGCAUGGUUUGUCUUUGCAUUUUGUAGACGUUGGGAUCGUUCUUGACGUGGAAUCGUCGAUCGGGAGAUCUAUUAACAGAAGCAUUACAAUGGCGAUAUCUGAUUUCUAUGCUCGUAAUGAUGGUUACAGAACAAGGAUAGUACUCCACACAAGAGAUACUAAGGGAGAUCCAUCACGAACUAUCUCAAAUGUUCUUGAUCUUGUAAAUAGAGUGAAAGUGAAAGCAAUCAUAGGCCCAGAAACAUAUAUCGGAUCCAAUCUAUUGGCCUCAAUUACUCAUGAAGCCAAAGUUCCUGUAUUUUCUUUUGCUGGUAAAUCCAAAGUGAAUGAAUCCCCUUACUUAUUCCAGAUUAAAGAGGAUGAAAUCUCUAUGGCCAAAAGCGUCGCUGCCCUCGUUGAAUCUUACAAAUGGAGGGACGUUAUUUACGUUUACGAGGACACUGAUGAUGGGUCGGAAACACUACAGAAUCUGUAUGAAUCGUUCCAAGACCAAAGCAUAAGAAUCGUUUAUAAAAGUGCAAUCUUUGCCUUGGCUUCCAAUGAUCAAGUCGUCAUAGAGUUGCAUAAGCUCAUGAAGAUUCGCACGUCUGUAAUUAUUGUAAACGUGUCACCUUUACUAGCAUCUCGCCUUUUUGUGAAUGCAAAGAUGCUAGGAAUGAUGAGUGAUGAAUAUGCAUGGAUUCUAAUGAGUAAAACCAUUGAGAUCAUGCAUUCAACAGAAUACAAAGUUUUCCAGUCAUUGCAAGGGGCACUAGGUGUUCGGUCUUAUAUGCCAACGUCAAGUAGGUUGCAUAACUUCAAAGAAAAAUGGCUCCAUCAUUUCUUGAUGAGAGAGGUGCCAAUGAUUGCCAUAUGGGCAUAUGACACCUUUUGGGUGCUUGCAGAGUCCAUAGAGAGGGUUGGAGUACAUGCAAAAAAUGGCCCGAUGCUUUUAACUGAGGUCUUGAAGACGAGAAUAAAUGGUGUAAGUGGCAGGUUUCGUCUUAGUGAAAGAAGACUGGCAUUUAAAAGAUAUGAAAUUAUAAAUAUGGUCGACCAUGGAGGAAAGAGAGUUGGAUACUGGACGUCGUCAAAAGGUAUUAGAAGAGCACAUCUCCCCUUGAAUGGGGCUUAUUUACAUUCUAGUACUAAUGGUAUCAAAGAUGUUGUGUGGCCUGGAGGAUCUACAACCACUCCAAAAGGUUGGAUCUUGCGAACAAGUCUUGGCAAAACGUUAAGGAUAGGCAUUGUAAUCGACGUACCAUUUAAGUACUUCGUAGAUGCAAAUUACGAUGCUGAAAAAAAUGUCAUCACAAGUGCUACUGGGUUUUCAGUGGCUGUUUUCAAUACUUGCAUGUACGCAUUAGGGUACCAGUAUAAAGUGCAUUACGACUUCAUCCCUGUAAACUAUGAUAAAUACGACAAUCUUAUACAGAAGGUUUAUGAUAAGGAAAUCGACGGGCUUCUUGGUGAUACAACAAUCCUAGCCAAUAGAUCCGAAUAUGUUGACUUUACGACGACUUACACUGAUGUUGGUAUAGGGACACUUACAAGAAUCAAGGAAAACGACUCGUCAAUCUUCUUGAAGCCAUUAGAUGUGGGUUUAUGGAUUGCUUUUAUUGUUUGCGGCAUCCUUACUGUCUUUACUGCUUGGGCUAUUGAAGCCAUGGGAGGCCAAGGACCUGAAAGAUCGCCAUCUCAAGGAUUUUGGAGUAUCUUUUGGGUCUUCUUCUUGGCCCUCUUUUUUGCUCUAGGAGACAAGUUGUCAAAGUUCCUGUCAAAAGUCGUGAUGUUUGUUUGGCUAAUAUUGGUGCUUGUCUUGAUAACGAGUUAUCAGGCAACACUGACUUCAUUAUUGACGGUAAAACAAUUCGAACUAGCGUCAAAAGGGGGGGUUGUAGGGUUUCAUGGAGAUUCGUUUUUUGGAGGGGUGACUAUCAACAAUGUGAAACUUAUAGAUAAUUUGCAAAAGCCGUAUUACUCUUAUGAGGACUACGCUGAUGCGUUAUCAAAAGGUGGAAAGCAUGGUGGAGCUGAUGCCAUCGUUGAUGAAGUUCCCUACAUCAAGAUGUUUCUUGGCCGACACUCGAAGGACUAUUCCAUGGUGUUAUCUCAAUCUAUUACUUCUGGUUUUGGCUUUGUAUUUGCAAAAAACUCGCCUUUGGUAAAAGACAUGUCGAGGGAAAUCGCUAGAAUAAGAGAAGACGGGACCUUAAGAGAUCUGGAGAAGAAGUGGUUUGAGAAAGAGUUUCCUUUAUUGUCUGAAGAUUCUGCGACCGUGAUGCCCAAAACCUUGAACCUUGAUAACUUUUGGGAUCUGUUUGUUAUCAUUGUGAGUUCUUUGGGUUUAGCUCUUAUAGCCUCAGCAUUUUACGAAUUUUUUGCAACGAGGGUGCUUCGUCCCAUUUCUGCAUUCAUAGCAGGACAUUAAUUAAAUCCAUGUUAGUUCACCCACGCUCUAUUAAAAAUAAUUACGAGUAGUUAAUUAUCUGUAGGUACGUUGUGUAAAAAGUGAUUUACGUUACGAGUAUUAUUGAAGAUAUAUACGUACACAUUAUGUUAGACCAUACAUCUAGUUAAUUAAUUUUGUAUCUUCAUCUAUCUCU